UGUCCUUUUUAGAACAGCGUCAGCUUUGUGGGGUCUCCUCUCAAGUUUUGACCAAUUCAUACAUCGACAGUGUGCUGCUCGUUUUGACGUGGACAUCAGUUUGAAGAGGGGCUCAGGGUUUCAUAUCCCAUCAGGACACUUAUCUCAAAAUGCCUGGACCAGCAGCAAGCGCAACAAAUGUCGGGGCAUCGAGCCGCUCCCCCAGCAAGACAGUGGCUCCCCGUGCAGCAGGCUCCACAGUCAGACAGAGGAAAGCUACCAGCAGCGGCACACGCAGCGGUGGCAGGACCACGGGAUCGGCAGGGACCGGUGGCAUGUGGCGCUUUUAUACAGAAGACUCACCAGGCCUCAAAGUCGGCCCGGUACCAGUGCUGGUGAUGAGUCUGCUCUUCAUCGCUUCCGUUUUCAUGCUGCACAUCUGGGGGAAGUACACCCGCUCUUAAACCCAACCUGAUGAUCUCUGACCUGUGCCUCGGCUUCUUGACCUGGACCAAAAAACAAAACAACCUUACUCCCCUAUUUUCCAUUUCCACAAUCAUAACAACACAAACUGACACACAAACUGGAUUUUUUUUUUUUUUUGUAUUUGACCAUUUCAGUACAAAAAAUGUAUCUCCAAUGAUGCUGGAUUCCACCUUGUUGCUUUUGUUCUUCCCGGGAUUUUAGGAGCUAACGGGCUGAACAGGAGGAUGCAGUGCUAGUUCACCUCACAUGUGAUGUCUGUGUGUAUGGCCCUCCCUCUGAGCAUCAACAGCAGCAUGUUUACGCCACUGUUGCGUAAAGGUUUAGUGCCGUGCCCAAGGACAUUGUUGUUUUCAGGCCGCAGCAAACAUUUCCUCUUGUUGCCUGAAUUACAUUUUUUGUUAACACCAUUUGUACAAAUGUAAUUGUAAAAUUGUACAAUAAAAAUGAAAAAUCCA